AUGGCGCCAUCGUCUUCGUCGAAGCUCCCUUCGUCGGACAACCAGCAAAGUGACUGGACGCGGCGCAUCCGCAAGUCGGAUGUCUACCCCUCCUCACUGGGGGCCAUCUGCGCACGGGUCGAGGCUCUGCGCUGUCGAUGGAGAGAUGGCGAAGCGGCAAAUAUCGUCCCAAUUACACAGGCCGUGUGCUCCCCGCUUUACCUGCGCUUAGAUGUGGAUAAAGCCCUCGCCCUAGAGCUGCUGGGGCCGGCGGCUGAGUACCAACAGUGCAGCGCGCCUAUGGGCGAACGUGACGCCGCUCUCUGUGUGCUGUCCGUUGCCCAGCUUCUGUCCAGACUUCACGCAGAGGGUGUGGUGCAUGGACACGUGCAGGCAGGAGUAGUGUUACACCACACGAGUGAUGCGCGACGUGUCGUUGUUACUGAGUGCGAACUGCCCAUGAGCGCUCUCGUUCCCCAUGGUGGUGUAGGGAGUGACGCGCGGCAGUGUGCCGCACCGGAAAUACUGCGAGGAGACCCUUACACAGGCGCGGCUGAUGUGUGGGGACUCGGUGUCCUUCUCGUCCAGCUGCUGCGGGGGCCGUUGAAGCCGCUGUGCACGGCUGAUCUCGAAAACUCUGACCUUUUGUCGCCCUUCAUCUCUGCGCUGAGCCCGGGUGCCGCGAGUUUUGUGCUGCCUUGCUUAAAGAGUGCCCCGCAAGCGCGUCCACUGCUGCUUGAAGUAUUGCAGCACCCAUUUCUGUCAGUCCUACCAAUGGACGGAAACGAAGACGGUGACGAGCAAGGCAGCGACGACAGUAGCACUAGUGAAGGGGAGGAACUGGAGGGCAGCGUGGCUGACUCUAGGUGA